AUGCCGAUUCCGGACUUCCCGACACUCCCUCCUCUCCCUCCUGUCGUUCGCCACCCGUGGGAGGCCACGUGGUGGGUCGACGUGCUGCAGAAGCUGGGCCAGGAGUUUCCGACGGCAGAUGCCUCCGACCAGGACUGGAAGCACUUCGUGGUGAGGUCCAGCACUGCCCCCGCUGUGGUGCUCGCCCUAGGCUUCCUUCUGACUCUGGUUGUCCUUUGCAGCUCUUGCUGCUGCCAUCGGCAGCACAGCCGUCGCCGCGCGCCGUCCUGCUGCCCGAGCUUUUGCUUGGGAGCCAUGUCCAUUGUUUUGGUUCUGGCCGGGGCCUUCGUCUACUGGGAGACGAGCUCCAAGGCCUUGGACACAGCACAGCAUCAGCUGACCCGUGCGUCGAACGAUGUGUCCACCGCGAAGGAUCAGGGAACCCUGAUGAAGGCCACCGGGCUGGCGAUGAUGGAAAACUUGCAGGGCAUUUCUUCGACUUGUCCUCCCGGCACCAAGACAGUCGUCGAGUCCUACAUCAGCCGCAUCGAGAAGCAGAUCAGCAGCUUCAACAGCGCAACCGAUGCCUUCCAGAAAGUGGUGGACCCGCUCCCAGAGAAGGUCGGCAAUGUGAAGGACCGUGGGAGCGCGAUCGCCAAGAUCGCCAUGGCCGCACUCCUGGGACCUCUGGCGCUCGUCCUCCUGAGCUGCACAGUGGUCCUCAUCGCUGUCAUGACGUCCUGUUCAGGCAGGUGCGCCGGCUGCUGUCUGCGUAGCCUCGCGCCGGUUCUCUUGGCACCCACGGUGCUCGUCAUCACCUUGGCAGCAUCGACCCAGUUGGAAAUGGGCAUCAUCGCGAGCAGCUUCUGUGAAGACGUGGACACCAACGCGUUGACCUGCGUCGGAAGGAUCGCAGGAGUGAAGUCCGAGGAAUACAAGCUCAGUGAGUAUUACAUCAAGGGUGAAGGCACCAAUGUUUUGUUGGAAGACUUGGACAACGCAUCCGUUCUCUUGACUAGCGCGAACAAGACGAUCACGUCUUACGGCGCACAGGUGGAAUCCCUUUGCUCCUGGCGAGGGCUACCCGAGUUGGAGGAUGCUGCGGCCAAGGCGAACCACAGCUUGGAGAUCGGCAACCAACUGCUCUCCGAGCAGAAUGUAUACAGGUACUACGAUGUGGCCAUCAGACAGGAUCUCUGCAAGACCACCAUCGUGGGCCUCGGAUGGCUUGUGAUCUUCCAGGUCGUCGUGGGCCUGCUGCUACUGCCCAUGCUCGUCUGUGUCGCCGGGCGCUACCUGGAAGCCCGCCGCGGUUGGUACAUGGAGCGGGAGGCCCCCCCUGGCUACCUCGGAGCAGUGCGCUCCCGUGAAAAGCUGCAGUGUGCUGAACACGUUUGUGCGAGUGAGAAGCUAGACUCCCGAGAUCGAGCUGCUGCUCCGGAAACCAAGCUGCAGGCCUACUUGCUGACGCUGAUCUACUACCAGGCUGCAGCUGCCCAUCGGCCCAUGGUACCGAGUUGGGAUGGUAGUGCCCGAACGUGGAGGCGCUACACCAAGGAAGUUCUGUGGUAUGUGCAGGGAACGGCGGCUCACCGCCGACGUCAUUGUGCCAGGCAACUGCUCAGUCGUCUGACUGGGCCAGCUCGCUUGCUUGCUAUGUCAUGGAACCACGGCAUGCUUGUUGACAACAAUCAUGGCACCAAGCUGUUUCUUCAGAAGCUUGCCAGCAGUCCCUUGGUGCGUAAGAGCUUGCCGAAUGCUGCGGCGAUAUGCCAGCAGUACUUCGCCUUCAGGCGCAGCCCUCAGGAGUCCAUCGGGAACUUCUUGGUCAGGGAGACCCUGGUGCAUGAGGAGUUCUGUGAGGCCAUCAUCAGGCUCUACGAGGAGAAGCAGGGCAUCUCUCAGGACCAACGCGAUUUUGGACUACCUGAACCUGACGACUGGGACGACCAGGCAUGGGCCGACGACUCAUGGGCCUGGUGGUCGUGGGAGGAGGGCGAUGAUGCCGACGAAGGCGAGGACCGAGAGGCCUCGACGACCGCCCAUCCUCCUGGUGAUGAAGAUCCUGGCGCUGAUGCUCGUGGAAGCACUUCACCUGGGGCCCGACUUGGGGCAACAGGUUCCUCACCGAGUCACGGCGGCAAUGCAUCUGUUGCAGCUGGUGGUGAUGAAUCACCCGCUCAGGCCGAACCGGCAAAGGAGGUCAAGCCUCCCCAAACCGUCGACGAGCUCACGAUUGCCGACAGCUUCAUUAUGGGCGUCCUUCGAGGAUGGAGGCUUCUCCAAGCCUCGGGAUUAAGUCCCGAUGAGAUGCGGGACAUCUUGUCGGCAACGAAGAACUCCCUGGACUACGAGAUGAUUGCCGCCGCUCUUCAGAAUCUGUGGGACGACCAACUCCUCAACUCCCGUGGUCGUCACAAGUCUGGCUAUCACUUGAACUACGCGAACGAGACGGAAGACUCCGACCUGUACAUGCACGAGUACGAGCAAGGCUGGGACAAUGGAAGCAGUGAUUGGUGGGACGAUGGCACGGCCUACUACACGGGCUUAGAGGAUGAUGCGUGGUGGUACGGCGACGAGGACUGGGCCCCUUACGAGGCCCAGAGCGCUGCCGAAGUCAAUGCGACCCCGGACCCGGUUGAUGAGGGCAAGCUACGUGAGGCUCAGCAAGCAGAGCAGAUGGCGGAGUCUCUUGCAAUGGAGGCCCAGCGGACCUGGACGGAGGCUCAACGAGCUACAGCGGCCCUGAAGAAAGACAGAGGUUUUGGUGCGAAUGCUAGCACGAGCGCCUCGACACCACCGGGUCGUUGCUUCCUGUGCCAUGGACCACAUCUUGCUCGCGAUUGUCCAGGGCGAGGAUCUGGCUAUGGUGGCAAGGGAAAGUUCAAGGGCAAGUCCAAGUACGGCUAUGCGACCGAGAUGGACGCGUACUACAUCAAGGGCAAGAGCAAAGCCAAGGGCAAGGGCAAAAGCAAGAAGGGCAUGUACCUGAAUGCCGAUGCUGUCUGGAAGGGGAAAGGAAAGGGUCCUGAUUGGGGAUCCCGGACAGUGAAUGCCUACGCAGCGUCGGCGGACUACUUCAUGGGUGGCCUUGAGCUCACAACCACCAUGGACAUGGCGUCGGCUACGACGAGUACGGCCAGGCCUGAACGGGGAAUGAUAGAUUGUGGCGCGACAGCGUCGGCAGCUCCUGAAGCUGUUGUGAAGGGGCUGAUAGCCUCGAUUCUUGAGAAGGACCACGGAGCUCGUGUGGACAUUGACUCCAACUCGCGGCCAUACUUUCGCUUUGGUGACGGGAGAUGGGGAAGGGCUCUUUACAGGGUGCAGUUGACAAGCAAGGCCUCGGGAACUGCUAGAAAGUUCUCCCUGUUUGCCCUACCGAACCCUAAGGAGUACUUUCAGGCUGCCUUUGACAAAAACCCCUUAGUCCCCAUCCUUGUUGGCAUGGACUUCUUGGGAAAGAAUGGCAACGGCUUGAUCAUUGAUUUCACAACAGGCUUGGCUACCAGUUCUCUUGAUGAUAAUCCCAAGGUGUUUCAUCUUUUGCAGAAUCAGAAGGGUCACUUCAUGUUGGAUGUGUGCGAGUACCUCACACAAGGCCAUACUGUUCUUGAAGGUCAUGCGCAUAUUGUUGUCAGCGGCAGUGACGAACACACUCCACCUUCAGAAGUGAAUGUGCUGGAUUUGCAUGUUGUCACGUUUGAUUUGACUGUCAGUGACAUGGUACAUGUCUUUCGAUACCAGCAGAUCUUUGCUCAAUGCUCGCGACAAGCUCGUCGCUUGAAGCCCCGACAACAUCCUCUUCGCGCUCUUUCUCCAAUGGCGACUCCCUCGUCCUCGGUGGACCCGGAAGUGGCCGAGAUCAUCGCGGCAGCGGCCAAGGCCAAGGCGACGUCGGCGAAGCGCCGAACGCGGUCCCUGGACACCAACCGCUGCAUGCGUGCGGAUCCUCGCGACCCGCGGACAAAUCCCAAGUGCUGGCCGUGCUACGGCAACCACGCACCGGGAGCCCCUCAAGCAAAUGCUCACGGCCAGUGGAUCCAUUGCUCCGUAUGCGACCUACGCCUACUGUACACCCCACGGAAGGGGUCACCCUCGAACACCACGGCAGUCCACAAUGCGGCGAUGGUCACGAAAAUGCUGAAGCAGCUGAAGGCACUCAUUGGGGAUCGCAAGCCAACCCAGAAGGUAUGCCACCACAUGAUGGCGAAGAUCACGGCCGAGGAAGUGCUGGAGAAGUCGAUUCGGGAGCUCAUCGCGGAGCCCCUGGUGACGACCAAGAUGACUCCGGCAUCAGGCAGCACAGCGGACGGCUACGUGCACCUGACGACCAAGGACAACGACGAGGAGCUGAUUGCGGCCUACGAAGCGGAAGCAGAAGUGCAUAUGGCCAAGAAGAUCAUGCUCUUUGUGUCUUUGAUGACUUCAGCGACAUCCAAUUUGUUGAUGGGUCUUCAGUUGGAUGGUUGUGAUGGGUUGUGGGAAAUCUCCGGUGCUCCCCACAGCUGGUUGUCACAAUCUGCUAUUCAUCAUGGACUACAAGCACGUCCUAUCAACUAUCAGACAGGCUACGAUCUCUACAAGGAUAGGACACCUGGGAACACCUACGACAACUACAACAAAAAUCGCGGCCACGUCGGCUGUGGAUCUCUCUACCUGGCGCAAAAUGGUGUCCAUGGAAGGCCAUUGAUCAAUGCGAUGAAGGACAACGGUCAUCGCUUGAAGCUGGUCGGAGAAAAGAACGACGUGUUCUUCGACAAGCCGUGA